AUGGCUGAAGACCGCCAACCGUCCAACGUCCACGAGGGCGCCACGACCGCCGCAGCCAACGACGUCGACCUCGAAGACGACGUGGCCGCCAAGGCCAAGUCGGCCGAGGACCGCAAGGCGGCCGUGGCGCUGGCGUCGCUGGACGCGGUGGGCGGCGGCAACGAUGCGGGCAAGCAUGUCGACCAGGAGGCGAUGAGCAAGGCGAUGAAGAACCUGAAGCUGGGCGCGAGCGGCACGGCGGCCAAGAAGGUCAAGGUCGACGCAGCGGAUGUGACGUUGCUGGUCGACCAGCUGGAGAUGACCAAGGCCAAGGCGACGGAUCUGCUGAAGCAGCACGAGGGCGAUGCGGUCAAGGCGCUGCGCGCGUACGUGUCGGUGGCAUAA